AUGGAGGACGGGAGCGCGCCGGACUUUCUGAGCUGCCGCUCGUGGGGCUUCGGAACGUCGUGUGGGUUGUGGGGAGUCGACUGUCGCCCGUUUGAAUCCGACUGGAAUGCCUUCCGGUGCCCCACGCGCUGCACUUUAGAUCAAUCAUCAUCACUUGCUGUGUAUGGUUCUAGCCCCUAUAGAGCCGAUUCAAGAAUCUGUCGAGCAGCGGUUCACGCUGGAGUUGUUGGACCCAACGGUGGUUGUGCGUUUUAUCGAUUUGCGGGUGCGGCAAAUGCAUUUUACUCAUCCACUGCAAACGGGGUGACAACUACCGAGUUCUUGUCCUGGUUUCCCAAAACUAUCGAGUUCAAAGAAGCAUCCAGCGCCUUCUGCAGUGAUCUAUCGUGGUGGAUUCUCGGGGUUGGAUUUACUGCCAUGGCAGGCUUUGGUCUCCUGCCUCGCAUCCGUCCUGUCAUAUUGUUCUACUCGCUGGUAGCGUGGGGCUUCUUUUACGUUCGCCUGGUCGGACAGCCCUCGAGUCAAAAUUACGCAGGCAUCUCAAUAGAUUCUUACGGCGAGGUGAUGGUUCUGCUAGCAGCGAGCAGUGUGGCGUAUCGAAUGGCAGCGUCGAAAACUUUUCGAGGAUGGAAAGCGUUGUCGCUGAAGAGACGAGUGGUGAUGUGGGUAUUUUGCUACAUUGUACCAUUCCACGUUAUGAUCAACAUGAAUCUCAUCGGAUACGUCCCAUGGCUAAACGUUGACCUUGGCGGUUUUGAGGAAGUGAACGCUAAUGCCGGCACGUACGUUGUUUUUACUAUCGUCGGCAUUGGAGCGGUGUUUUUGGCCUUCACUCUCUUCCAAAGCUUGUAUCGUGCCGGGAGAUGGAAGAAAUGUAUGGUGAUGUACGUGGUAAUGGUCACAUCGGUGCUCGUGUCGUGGGCACUCUUUCCAUCGACCUCAUUCCAUUUACACCACACCAUGCUGGGUGCAUUCAUCAUUCCCAUCACGGCUUUCCAGACGCCAUCAGCAGCGUUUUCGCAGUCAACAGCGUUAGGUUGCUUUGUACAGGGUUACGCUCGGUGGGGCUGGUACUCCUAUCUCGACACGAUACGUACUGUUCCAAAGAACCCGCCAAACACGACCAAUGUAACUUCAUCUCAAGCGAUUGUUCUGUGGGAACAAUUGGAGUCUGUCGAAGCCUACUCCCUUCGGCUUAACCGCGUGGAGGUCUAUCGUGGUUUGGACACCUCGGCAGUCAUCUCAAAUCUGGAGCCAAACAUGACAUACUUCGUCGGCGUCGCCGGAGUGGCCAGCUGGGGCACGGAUGGUCGAGUCGGCCCUCUAUCAAACUUCACGACGCUCGAAAUGUAG